AUGGCUUGCAACAAUCUGGAAUACGACACCAUGUAUACUUCAAUGGAUGAUCAAGAUCGCAACAUUAAUCUCAACGACAACGACAUCGUUAACGAUGACGUAUUUCCAUUGGAGGACGAAUUACUCGAUCAAGAUCGCAACAUUAAUCUCGUUAACGAUGACGUAUUUCCAUUGGAGGACGAAUUACUCGACGACGACAUCGACUUUCCUGUGGAUGACGUAGUUCUUGAAGGCGAGGAGCAGAAUCUAGAUGAUGUUAUAGAUUCGGGGUUGUUCUUGGCGGCUGAACAGGGCUACUUUUCGGAGCCGGCGUUGCGGGCUGAUCUCGUGCUGUGGAUUACGGGGGCGACAUCAGUUCAUGAUCAUAUGUUGGAGGACGCCUCCUUCGAUUACGGUUCUGUUUUUGCAAGCGAUGAUCAGGGAGAGUUAAACAGAGUAAUAGGACAGAGUUUUUCGGAGUCGGCGGCGGGGGCGUUUGGAUCAGUUCCGGCGGCUAAAUCGGUAUUGGAGGCUCUAGAGAAGUUCAGAUACGAGAGAAGCAAUGAAUCAGACUUGAUGACAUGCGUGAUCUGCAUGGAAGUGGUGAUGAAUGGGACCCACCUCACUCGUUUGCCUUGCUCUCAUGUUUUUCAUGUUGAUUGCAUUAUGGAGUGGCUAAACGACAAUCAUACUUGUCCUCUCUGUCGAUUUAAAUUGCCUAGCCAGUAA